AUGAAAAAAUAGAUUGUCUUAUUGACUCUAUUCAUUGUUUUGACAUACAGUCAACGUGGAACUUUGGUUACCCAUUAUGAUUUGGAUGGUAAUUUAUUAUCUGAAGAAUUCAUGCCUCCAAUAGAAGAUGAAAUAACUUAUUAUGAUAGCAAUGAGUCUGCUAUAGAUUCUAGUAUGGAUCAAUAAACAUAAAAUUAACCAAAUCCAACAUCUGUUUAAGAAAGCUAAGACACAGUGUCAAUUGAUGUUCCAAUUUAAAUAAGCAAUACACUAGAGCCAGUGUAAACCGAUUAACAAUAAACUAAUUUGAUAGGAUCUUCUUUUGAGAUUUAACCUGUUGUAAAUUAACAACCUAAAAUAGAAACAUCAAUAGAAUAAUAGCAUAAUUUAGAAUAAAAAGUAGAAGGAGAAUUACAUUCUCAAGAAGUCCAUGUGAAUUAAAACAUAGAUUUGACUACUCAAUAAUAACAGAUUCCUCAACCAAAAUUUUCCCAAGAACAAGAUGAAUAAUCAAUACAAAAGGUAGAUAUGUAACUCUAGCCUAUUGUUGUAACAUCAGAUCAAAUGGUUGAUCUCUAAUAAGAUAUUGAUUAACAGACAAAUUCUAGUGAUAUAAACAACUAAAUUUUAAAUACUUAAUCAACACCUGAUAAAUAAAAUGAGAAGGAUUAGGAUUUAUAAUAAAAUAAAGUAGAUCCAUUAAAUUUAUCCAAACCAGAUGAUGAAAUUAAUAAAUUAGAAUAAGGAACCUAAAAUUAAAUUAUAUAAGAUAUGCCUAUUUAGGAAUAAGUCAUAGUUAAAUCAGGUAAUGAAAUUCAUAUUGAUUCAAAUACUUCUGAAGUUAAAUUUGAUAGUUUAGGUUCAGUAUAAGAGCAGUAAGACAAAUAAUCAGAGUAGGUACAUAUCUAAACUACCAAUGCAAAUGAUUAAUUUGAAGUUACAUAAAAUUUUGGUAGAAUAAUAUAAGAUAUGAUACCUGAAUCAGAUGAUGACACACUAAUACAGGAGUAGCCAUUGGAAGAUUAAGAAUCAUAAACAAAAGCAAAAUCUUAACCAUCAUAAAUAGAAGAAGAUAUCAAUUUUAAUAAUGAAAAUGAAUAAUCAAAUCAAUUAUAAGAAACUUAAGUAAAAACAGAUAAUUAAUUACCACUUGUUGUAGGAAAUGAAUAAUAAGAAUAGUAGAUUGAAACAGAUGUAUAAGAAAUUACUUAAGAAUCCUCUUAGGCAAAAAAAGAUAUACCUGAAGAAUUGAAACAAAUUAAUGUAAAUCCACCUGAUAAUAAUAUGAAAAAAUAAGGAGAGAAUAAAAUAAAUAAUCCUUUUGAAGAUGAUGGUUUAAAGCUAUCUAGUGAAAUCAUUCAAAAUUAAUGCAUUGUAAUUUACUCAGAAUGUGAAUAUUAAGGUUUAGCAUUAGAAGUUUGCGAUAGUUUAAAGGAUAUUGAGUAAUAUCUUCAUCUGUAUUUUCGAUAGGAAAUUUAAACAUAAAAUAAAAUCCAUCUACAUUCCAAAAGGGUAUGGACUAACAAUCUUUGAAAAUUAAAAUUUUAAUGGGUAGAGCCAUCGUUAUACUUCAUCUUAAGCAUGUCUUCAGAGAGAAGUUUCAUUUAUUCAACUCUAAAUGGAUCAAUCAAUAAUAAUAAAACACUAAAAUCUAAGAGGAUAACAUUGA